CUCAAGAAUUAGGGUAGAGCUCAUUACCAGUGCAAACCAGUUUGACCCAGAACAAGGAGCUGUGUGGACAGAGCAGGCAGUCAUGUUGGCUGUUCUGUUGACCAUUUUCAUGUUUAGCCAAGGGCUUUCAUUGGAGGAUCAAGGGAGCACUUUCAUCACGGCAUUCCCAGAGAACAUCGCCUAUUUUCAUCAGAAGGUCCUCAACUAUCUCAAAAUCACAUGCCUCCAUGAUAACACUGAGGUCACGAUCACUUACGUAGGUGAAAGGGAUAAAGGCAUCAGCACCAGAAGAGUUCUUCACAAUGCUGGGUUCACUUGGACCUGGAGCCUUACAAAGGAAGUUGAAGUAUACCGGUUUAACACAUCCAAUAAUUCUAUUAUAAUCAGGAGCAACAAAAAUGUCACAGUGCUUUCUGUGAGCGGGUGGCCUGAGAGGUUUCUGUCUCAUGUUGUCCAGCCCAUUGGAAACCUUGGAACGGUGUAUCAUGUCCCCACUCUGAAUUACAGCGAGCUAGUUGCAUCGUUCGACUUAGUGUUGAACCCAGAUGCGAGAUAUAAUUCGUUCAGGCUGCUCAUUAUCAACGCCGCGAACCAAUCCAAUGAAGUCACCGUCAAACAAAUCAACAAGCAAGGUGGGAGAAGUGAAUUUAACCAAACAUUAGAUAAGUACCACCUUUUCCAGUUGCCAACAUACGGUGAGGUUACCGAAAUAAAUGCAACAGAGAAAAUUGUUGUGAUAUUCACCCAUCCAUGCUUUGACUCCAAAGGUUGCUCAUGCAACAUGGUGCUGAACCAGCUUCGCCCCACAAAAUCUGUCAACCUGUCAACCAUGUUCUACAUACCCUUUCAUGCAGCAUACCCUUUAACCUCAAUCAAACAGCUGUUUUUGACAACAAAUCAACUCAACAUAUCAAUUUUUAAUAGUACUUUUCAGAAUGCUGGUGUUGGAGUCAAUGUGAUUAAUUCUACCAACAUUUUGCCCUUACUCCCAGGUUUCAAUAAAACAUCUCAAUUGAAUACCAUCAAUAAAACUGUUUCCCUCCGCUUAAUAAGCCCUGGACUCAUUUUAGACCUCAUUCCAGAAAGCUUGUUUGCUGCCUGCUACUUGGUACAUUUUAAUUCCUUAAUGAGUGAGGCCUUAGUGCUUGCAGAGACAUCCAGCACUGAUUCUGUGCAGAUUAACUCCAGUGGUUUGCCCUUUACAAAGUGGACUGUUUUGAACGGCACACGAUUCUCCUGGAUGAUCGUGAAGGGCAAGGCUGCGAAUACCUCAGCCACUAUUUGGCAUACUGACUCGAUGAUUGCUGUUUACGUGAUUGAAAAUUUGGAGUAUGGCAAUAUUUAUGGAAGGCCAGCUGUAGUUGUAAGCGACAAACCAGAUCCUAAAGGCUGUGCGGUGACUCCCGGGACAUUUGUGAUUGGAGAUGAGGAAUUAAAUUGGUUUCAGUCCCGUGAGUACUGCAUAGGUCAUUCGGAUUACUUUGCCAGGCCCUUCUCUGAACGGUUGGUGAACAAGAUGGUUUUAAACAUAACAGUCCCAACACCUGUCGAAGGCUGGAUCAGUCUGCGCCGAGACCUGUUUACCAGAGAAUGGUACUGGAGGAGCGAAGAUAGCUUUUCUCCCCAAGUGAACUUCACUUACUGGGAACAGGGACAGCCUGAUGCACCUGAGAAAGGUUUGUGCGCUUCCGUGUUGUUGGACCCUGCGAAAACCUUUAAGUGGAAGAGUGCCCGCUGUUGUUCUAAAAAGAAACCCAUCUGCUAUAAUAACCCUAAAUAUCUUACACUGGUAUAAAAAACGUUGUGGAAAAAACCAACAGGAAAUGCAAAAUCUACUAUUUGGCAGUUAAAAAACAAGCCGCGGCUUUAUUUACAUAUAUUUAGAUAUUGUAAUUGUGAAUAAUUCAAAAAUGAAAAUACUCAG